AUGCCCACUAUAGAGCCUCAAAGCUCAGAACGGCAUCCUGCAGAAGCGCAGGAUCGCACGUCACAGGCAGAGUCUGGAAGCGACAAGGAGACCGAAGAGCCACCAUGUCCGGACAUAAGCGCAUGUCUCCCUGGCUUCUCGUAUGAGGAUGCCUUCAUGCGCAGAGAACGCGCCUUUGCGCUGCAUGGCCACGAGCAGCUUCGUGUCCUGCAAAGGUUUAUGGAGCUUGAUGGUACCGCUGGCACAGUCUGGCCUGUCACGGAAGUGUUCAUGCGAGAGUAUCAGUCUCUCGCUGACAGAGCUCUUUGGAAUGCUUCCGGCAAAGGCGUGUUGGAGCUGGGAAGUGGUACUGGAGUGUUGGCCAUGUUUUUGGCUGCUCAUCAUGCCACAGGAGUUGUCGCCACCGAUGUCGGCGAUGGGCUAGAGCUUCUACGAACUAACCUCAUGCUUCGUGAGAACAUGGCGGCUUUGGGCGAGAGUCAUGAUGUCUUGCACAGUGCCCAGCUACGGUGGGACGAGCAUGCAGUGGAAGACCUCGCCACGAUCCGUGACCUUUGUGCCACGGCCCGUCUGGAAUUAGACACCUUGGUGGUUUUUGAUGCUCUUUACAACCAAGAUGCUCUGGAUCUCUUGUCCGAGGUGAUCAGAGAAGUCUGUGGCCGCUUUGGGACGCUGCGCUCACUGCUUGUCGGGUACCAGGAUCGGCAGCCCGAGGUAGAAGCUCGUGGGCUCCAGAUGAUACAGGAGAGUUUUGCUGGGAGCUCUGAGCUUCACGUGAGGCACCUCUUCGACAUUGCACCUGUGCAUGCUGUCAUCCUCGAGAAGAUCUAG